CUUCGGGGCUGCCGGGGUGCCGGGUGCCGCCAUAUUGGUAAAGGUAUCGGGGGAGCGUCCCUCUUCUCGCGGGAGCUGGAGGCGUGACUGCCACGUCCGAGCAAGCCGCGAAAGGAGAGGACUCCGCAGCCGCGUGAUGGCCAGAGGCCUGGGGGCCCCCCACUGGGUGGCCAUGGGGCUGCUGACCUGGGCAGCCUUGGGGCUGCUGGUGGCUGGACACGGGGGUCAUGGCGACCAGCACGAGGACCUGCAAGAGGACUUCCAUGGCCACAGCCACAGGCAUUCACAUGAGGAUUUCCACCAUGGACACAGCCAUGCCCAUGGCCAUGGCCACGGCCACACUCACGAAAGCAUCUGGCAUGGGCAUACCCACGGUCACGACCAUGGACAUUCACAUGAGGAUUUGCACCAUGGCCAUAGCCAUUCCCAUGGCCACUCCCAUGAGAGCCUCUACCACAGAGGACAUGGACAUGACCAUGAGCAUAGCCGUGGAGGCUAUGGGGAGUCUGGGGCUCCAGGCAUCAAGCAGGACCUGGACACUGUCACUCUCUGGGCCUAUGCACUGGGGGCCACAGUGCUGAUAUCUGCAGCGCCGUUUUUCUUCCUCUUCCUUAUCCCUGUGGAGUCAAACUCCCCCCGCCAUAGCUCACUGCUCCAAAUCUUGUUAAGCUUUGCUUCUGGCGGACUCCUGGGAGAUGCCUUCCUGCACCUCAUCCCUCAUGCCUUGGAACCUCACUCUCACCACACGGUGGAGCAGCGCGGCCAUGGACACUCACACAGUGGCCAAGGCCCCAUCCUUUCUGUGGGACUGUGGGUUCUCAGCGGAAUUGUCGCCUUCCUUGUGGUGGAGAAGUUCGUGAGGCAUGUGAAAGGAGGGCAUGGACACAGCCAUGGACAUGGACACACUCACGGCCACGGGAGUCAUGGACGUGCGAGGCAGGAGUGCCCUCCAAAGGAGAAGCAGAGCUCAGAGGAAGAAGAAAAGGAAGGAGGGGUGUUGCGGAAGAGGAAAGGAGGAAGCACGGGGCCCAAAGAUGGGUCGGUGGGAGCUCAGAACCCUGAGGAAGAAAAAACAGGCUCAGAUCUGCGUGUGUCCGGGUACUUGAAUCUGGCUGCCGACUUGGCACACAACUUCACAGAUGGUCUGGCCAUUGGUGCUUCCUUUCGAGGGGGCCAGGGGCUGGGGAUUCUGACCACAAUGACCGUCCUGCUGCAUGAAGUGCCCCAUGAGGUUGGGGAUUUUGCCAUCUUGGUCCAGUCUGGCUGCAGCAAAAAGCAGGCGAUGCGUCUACAACUACUGACAGCAGUGGGGGCACUGGCAGGCACAGCCUGUGCCCUUCUAACCGAAGGAGGGGCAGUGGGCAGUGAUGGUGCGGGGGGCGCUGGUCCUGGCUGGAUUCUGCCGUUCACCGCAGGUGGUUUCAUCUACGUAGCAACAGUGUCCGUGUUGCCUGAGCUGUUGAGGGAGGCGUCACCAUUACAGUCACUUCUGGAGGUGCUAGGGCUGCUGGGUGGUGUUGUCAUGAUGGUGCUGAUUGCCCACCUUGAGUGAGAGGUGAGAUGAACUGCCCCCACCCCCUGCUCUAAACCUCUUCCCCUAACUCCAGGUCAGAGCUCUGGAGACCGGGGGUCUGGCCAGGGGCAUCUGCCAGAGGAAGGCAUUGCAGUCUCAGAGAAUGGAGACUUCGGCAUUUGGGCCUUUAAAAUUUGGCUGGGGGCUCUAGAGGUCAGAAAGCUCGGCCAGAGGGACCAUUGUGUUGGGUACUGAAUGGGGCCAUGAAGAAGGCUGGCAGGGAGGCGAUGAUGGCAGCUGAUGGCGGUGUCCCCUACCCCACUAGUUCUCAGAGGACCAAGCUGCCACACGUAGGAGUUCUCCAAGGUCCAUCUCCCUCUCCCACCGGUUUCUGGAGGCUUCAAAGGAAGACCAGAACCCUGGACAGAGGGAGGAACCAGAGGAGCAAGGGGAUAAACAUCAAUCGUGUCCUGAUUUGGGAGUGAUUGGGGGCUGGGGGUGGGGAGAGGGUCAGUUGGUAAUCUCGCCUGAUUUUUUUGUUGGCUUGUUUGUAUUCAUUUUGUAUCACUGUGUUUGAAUCGAGGGGGAGGGGUGGUGACCUGAAAUAAAGUCUUUGGAUAUU